AGCAACACAAACUAGGCGCCCCCCACCCAUAUGUCUGGCAGCAUCGGUGAGUCACCACUGGCUACGGAGUCAGUGGUAUGUGUGCAAUCCAGCUACAGCCACAGAGAAUCUCCUGCACACACACACAGCCACACAGAGGACACGACAUCCAGUCAUCCAUUGGCCUCACAAACCGAUUUGUGGCGUACCGGUGUUUUGUGUUGGUUGGUCAUCCGAGCGAUGCAGUGUCGUCAGCGCCGUUCUCCUCCUCAGCUGCGGCGUCCUCGCCUGUCAAAUAAACACACACACGCACGGGUGUUGCGGACAGACAUGAGAUGUGUGUGCCUCUCUUCCUUUGUUGGUACCUCCGCUGCCGUCAGCCAUAUCGUCACCAUCACUGCCGUCUACACCACACACACAGAAGGCCCAUCCACCACACGCGGUUUCACUCACAUGCUUCCGUCUCUCCCCUAUCGGUACCAUCGUCAUCGUCGUCGUAGUCAUCGUCUACUUGUCCGUCGAGCACGAAUGGCGCCACCCCCCACCCCAGCGCCACUCGGGCCAGCUGAGUGGUCAAGGGGAGGCGGUCCUUGAAGGCACGACCAGCACCAGCCACAGGCGCCUCGGUCGUCGCGACAUACACCCGCACUGUAGACAGACGAGAGAGAACAACACAUGUGGCAGUUGACGAGCAGAGCCGCCUGUCUGUCGGCCUGACCGGUGCCGUCCCCCCAAUCCGAUAUGGCAAUCCACGCGACAAAGUUGUGGCUGCUGUUGGUCAGCACCAGGUAACGCACACGACCGUCCCGGCUGAAUGUCGUCGAGCAGCCGGCCACCGGUGUGUGGGGCGACUGGGUGAGGAGGUCAUCCAGACGGCCGCCACCAACAUACCUGAGCCAACCACACAGACACACACACAAUCAAACACACGCCCAUCUCGCCACUUGGUGUGCUACCUGUUGAGCUGGAUCAAUGUGCGAUUGAUCGGGUGAGUCGCGUGGAACUGAUCGACGAUCUUGUUCUUGGCGAAUGACGACAAUGACGCAUCCGUGGUCGGGGCGUCCGACACCCAUCCGCCGGUGGCGCCCAAGUACUUGAUGCGUCUGGCCACUGGUGGGUCAUGCUCUAGUCGGUGCUGCUGAUACAGAUGGUGGGCGGCGAGGGGCGGGUUGACGUCCAGCCGGAAGCGGGGCUCGUCCUUGAUGGCCCGCAUCUCACCAUUGGGAUGGCGGAAGAUCCGCAGGCAGCUGCCGUCACCGAAGGCCACGUGUCGGCCGACCACCAUCAGCUGCGCCAACACACGGGGAAACGAUCUAUACGCCUACACCACACCACAUACACACAGACAGACAGACAGACAGACGGACAGGGAGAAGAAUGAGUGAGGCCUUUCUGUUCUCUCACCGCCCCUCUCUGUGUGUGUGUGCCUUACCGUCUUGCUGGCGUGUGUGUUGAUGUCAUCGGCCGUGAGGUUGACGGGCAGCUGACAGAAGCCGCAGUCACUGGCCCACUGCAGCACCUCAGCCACCUCGUCCCACUUCUGCUCUUCCACCAGCCAGAUGGCCGCCAGCAGCAGCUGCGCCCCGACCACCGACUGAGUGUCGAAGGUCAGCACCGCGUCCAGCCGCGUGCCGUCAGCGAGGCGAAUGCGAUGGAGGGAGCGGUUGAGUCGGCUGCGGAGGAUCUGGGCAGGGAAGUCGACCUUGCUGAAGAACAGGGCCGUCCUCCUGAUGUUGCCGAGGUCCUUCAGGGUGUGCAGGCCAUCGCGCUCGUCCCGAUAGACGACGUCGAGCACCUGGCCGUUGAUGGCAGGCGACGCCUCGUCGGUGCUCUUGCUGUUGACCGCACCCAUCGCACUCGCAAAGGCUACUUUCUACCCCACGG